AUGUGCUUAUGUGUUUGUAAAGUGGCUUGGUUCGAAUGUACCGCAACGAUUGAUGAUUUUAUCCAUGGAACACCUUGGUAUUACAUUUCAUGCGAUGGAUGUAAUAGUAAGGCUGUCAAAGGACCAAACUCUCUGUUAUGUAACAAUAACAAGUGUGAGAGGAGGCAAGUCUCAGGCGUACCUCAAUAUCUUACAAAGAUUUCUGUUUACGAUAAGACCGACCAAGCAGUUUUUGUAGUUCUUGGUGAUGCUGGGAAGGUGUUGACAGGGAAGCCUGCAGCAGAAUUAGUGGCCAAUUAUUUCGAGGCUAAUGACGACGUCAGUGCUGAUCAUUGUGUGCCAGUUCCUCAAGCUCUUCUUGAUACUAUAGGGACCACAUUCAAAUUCAUUGUGAAGGUCUCAGAGAAAAAAUUAACCGGCAAGUUUCAGUCCCUAACUGUGACCAAGAUAAUACCAGCAGAUGCUCCACAACUUGAUGGACGAUUGGAAGAUGAGGAAAUUACAGGAACCUCUGAGGAUAUUUUGAAGACUGACAGUGGGGACGCAGGUGCUUCUGUAAGCGUUGAAUGUUCUGCAGGUAGUAAGCUUAGAAAAGCUACUGAUGGUCUUGAGUCACAUGGAGCAAAGCGUACAAAAAGUGGCUAA